UCGCGCCUCUUUUCCUGCACACCCCUCCAACUUUCUCUUAUUUUUAUCCAUUUGUUUAUUCUCGCUUUUCCUUUUCUCCUCCUCCCUCCUCUCUCUUCUUCCGCCACCUCCAUUUCGUCCCUGAGAAUCCCCUGAUCCCUCCAGGAGCGAGCUCGGCUCGGUCUUCCCGGUCCCCUUCUCGAGGCGAGGCGGCUGCUUCCCGCAGUCUCCGGCUUGGCUGCCAGCCGCAUUCGUCGGAUCCUCUCCGCCGUCCGCGCAAGCAACCCCUCCAGGCCUCAUUCCACACUGAUACAAGCCAGCCAAGCCACCCUGGAUCGGAGGAAGGAGCUCUUCCUCCCCUCGCCUGCCGUGGGCAGCAGAUCCGCACGGACCUCUGCCUGGUCUCAUUCCUUCGUCGUCUUCUCGGACAUACCUCCAAGUUUGAAUGAUGGUUCUGGACUUUCAGUCUUGUUGCAGCAUCACGAGACAAAUCAAGAUACUAGUGCUAUGCAUGCUUCUUGAGAACCUUUUUGUGUGACGUCAAAUUAGCAGUUGAAGAUAAUCGACAUCGUAUUCAGUUUAUACCAUUUUGGCCCUUUGGUGUUCUGCAUCAGAUUUGCAGCAACCUGCACAGAUUCAGUUCAUGGUGGCUGGAUGAGCAGCUGAAAUGCUACUGGCCGUGGAGGGAGGAGGGUUUUUCUCAUCAUCAGCAUCAGGAUAUAGUCAUGGCCUUGCUCUCUUGCUGCUUGGACGGAAAAGUGAAGAGAAGCACGACAAUGGAUCUCCAUGCAGUCAUUACCGACUAGUAGGUCAAGAAGCUGAGCAUGAAUGCCCAGUGCCUUCAGGGAAAAAUGAUGUUCCUGGUAAAUGUGCUUCCUUUAUCUGCUUUGGCUGCACGCCUGCUAAGCUUGUGGGGGCAUCUCCACCAAAAUUGGGUUCAAGUAACAUCCCAGGGAGUUCUUCAGAACCACCAUCCAGCUCAUCAACUGGGACUGCAACAACUAAUGGUUCCAUCAAUGGAAGUGGGAGAAAAGGUUGUCUUAAGAACAACCUGAGAAGGGAUUCUUCAGAGCGUUCAACAUUAAGUUGUAGUGUGGAGCCGCGCGAGUCACUGGAGGAGGUGCAAACCUUGAGAUCUGGUAUGGAGCGGAGAAAAGUUCAGUGGACUGACACAUGUGGGAAGGAACUUUUCGAGAUAAGAGAAUUCGAAGUCAGCGAUGAUGGCCUGUCUGAAGAUGAUCUAGAAAAUGAGGGUUUCAGGAAAUGCGAGUGUGUGAUUCAGUAAUCUUGGCGUCUGCAAAGUGGCUUGGCCAAGACAGUGGAGUGGCCCACGGGAUGUUGAAGCUCUGGUUGGCCUGAUCACGACAAGAUGAAGAUGCACAGCUGCUGGCUUUGUGGCAAUCAAGCCAAACUGAUACUCAAGGAGGAUUUUGGGGACAUAUUAUUAUUUUGUAAUACUUUGGUUCUCAUGUUGAGUUAGUGCACAUAAUGUCUAGGGCUACAAUUUUGCAGUCGUUUAUUACUUUUCAUCUUUGAGUUUAUGUAACGUCUCGUUCAUUCAGUAGUGGCUGAGGAUGUUGUAUUGUUAUCUUGCUACCGUUCUGUUUUUUCUGUUGAUAUAUGAUUAUGCCGCGGCAUGAGAUGAA